UCUUGAAUAAGCCAUUUAUCUCGGUCGUCUCAAGCCAGAGAUAGCAGGUCACAUCAGCGUGUUCUGACACAAAAAAUUUAUAGAAAUCACAUGGAUUGGAAGGUUUCUAACGGCUGGCACUCCUCAUGCCAUGGCUGAUAUAGCUAGGAGAAAAAGUGCUGGAUUGACUGUUAACAUGGCAGGAAAGGUAUCUACGGAGGGUAACUCGAUUGUUACUUCGCCUGGAAGUAGCUCGAAGACAGCAAUCGGGUCACCGACCAGUGAUGGAGGGAGAGAAGUGCGCGAAGACCGCGCUUGGAAAGCGUACGUUUCACAGAUUGAUUCCCCCAUUUCGUCUUCGUUAUUGGUGAAUGGAGAAGACUUAAAUAUGGCGUCCAAUCUUGGAUUCCUGUAUGAUUAUUACGAGGUGACGGAGGAAUCAAGUCAGGCUCCCCCUUCGCCCCCUCAAGGCUCUGGGGGAGGAAGUGGUCAAGGGAACCCAUCCUCCGGAAACAGCCAUUCACAAGGAGGAAACAGUGAUUCAGAGUCUGGGAGUCCUUCUCAGUCAGAGCAAACCACUCUUAGCUUUUUACAAGCAGUGCAGCAAAUAAAAAGUCCAAAACACAGCACACAAGUCCAAGGUGAUCACCAUAUUACUCCCAAACAAGAAAAAAUGACUCCAAAUGUCAAGACACUCACCCUUGGGCAACAGAUUAAAGUGCAACCAAGUACAUCAAGUUGUAGCCACACCCCCAUACCUGUGGCUCGCCCUUCUUCAUACCCCCCCUCAACUAAAGCCCCCCAACAAGUAAGCGAUGUGUCGCCACUCUCCCUGAGCACCACCCCCCCUGAGGCAUUUAACUUCACACCAUACACCCAGUCGCUGAAAUCCACACCCACUGUUUUCUCUGCUCAAGAUAGGUAUUCCUUCAUCCUUGAGGCACCUACAUCCAUUAUACAAAGAAGAGGAGAUGACACUUUGACAUAUCUUAACAAAGGUCAAUUUUAUGCUAUAAGUUUUGAGGGUAAUGUGGAUCCCCCAUCGACUGAGGAGGAAAUUCAACGUGUGAAGUCUUAUGUUCACUUGGUUUUCCGUGAUGAGAAGGAUCCAAGAACAGAAUGCGAACACUGGCAAUAUUGGCACAGCCAGCAACCUAAUCCCCAACAAAGAGCAUUCGAUAUAGAUCGCAAGUCUUGUCAAAAUAUAGAAGACAACAUAGAUGAGAUAUCAUACAAUGCAGCUGGGUUUACAUGGAGCCCUCACUUGAAUGCAAAAAUAGUAAUAAGGAUAAACUGCCUGAGUACUGAUUUCUCUUCUCAGAAGGGAGUGAAGGGCAUUCCACUGCAUCUCCAGAUCGAUACAUAUGAAGAUAUAACCAAUCCAGAUGCAGAACCUGUACACAGGUCAUUCUGUCAGAUAAAAGUGUUCCGUGACAAAGGUGCUGAACGAAAGAACAAAGACGAGUCAAAGAGUGCGGAAAAGAGAAUUCAGAAAUGGGUGAAGCAGAAUACAUCAUCAUGUGCUGAUCCCAACAUGGUGUCUCCUACAUCUCUCUUUCAUCCUCCCAGUAAAUACACACGGCUUCAAACAACCACACCAUUAGGACCAAAACCUAUUCUGUUUACUCCAGCUGUACACAGCACACAUAUACAGGGAGGCUUUGAGGAGUCAUCUUUGCAGACAUUGUCUCUGUUAGCAUCCAUAAAGGAUCGUGAAAACAAACGUACUCUACAAUCACACCUAGCCAUGGCAAAGGAUGAGCUGGCUGAUUUAGAAGUUGUUCCUAGAUUAAAAGUACAGAAAAUCCACAGACCCAAUAGACCAGCUGUUACAAUUUAUGUAAAGAAAGAAGAGGAGAAAGUUUACAAUGCUCUGAUGCUUGAUAGCUUAACAGUUGGAGACAUGGUUGAAGCAGUUGCCAGUAAAUAUGGCAUGCCUCCCGAGAUGAUAAAGAAUGUUUAUAAGAAAACCAAGAAGGGAAUUCUUGUGAACAUGGAUGACCGUAUGAUUGAGCAGUUUGUGGAUGAAGACGACUUCAUUAUAAAUCUGGAUUUUGAUAAUCAGCUUGGGCAUUUUGAACUAACCUUACAGUACUGAACCAUUUGACAUCAUUGAGCCACUUGUCUUCUUUCUUUCCAGUGUUCCCACAGUAUGAUUAGUU